GAAAGGGCUCCGGGUGGUUCACCGCCGCGAGGAGGAGGCGGCACGGUUUGAGGUUCCCGCCCCGACCCCCGGGAGGAGCCCGCCAUGGGGGAAGGGGACGGAGCAGGAUUCCAGCCGCCACAGAAGCAGGAGCAAGAGCAGUGGAUGGAGAGGGCGCUCACCAUGGCAAAAGAAGCUUUAGAGAAUGGCGAGGUGCCUGUCGGGUGUCUGAUGGUUUAUCGGAACGAGAUUUUGGGGCAGGGAAGGAACGAAGUGAAUGAAACCAAGAACGCUACCCGACACGCAGAAAUGGUUGCCAUUGACCAAGUCUUGAAGUGGUGUCACCAAAAGGGCAGGGACAGGAAGGAGGUGUUCGAACACACGGUGCUGUAUGUCACUGUGGAGCCUUGCAUCAUGUGUGCAGCUGCCUUACGGCUACUGAAUAUCCCGCUGGUUGUGUACGGUUGUCAGAACGAGCGGUUCGGAGGCUGUGGUUCUGUACUGAACAUUUCCCAGGAUGAUUUACUGUACACUGGAACACCUUUCCAGUGCCUAGGAGGCUACAGAGCUGAGGAAGCUGUGGAACUGUUGAAGACCUUUUACAAGGCUGAAAAUCCCAAUGCACCAAAAUCAAAAGCAAGGAAGAAACACUAAGUUUCACCUGACAUCACCAAAAAAAAAGAGUCUGCAGUGCUUCAUCAGCCAACAGAAGAAUACAGGAGGAAGUUGCUCAGCGUUUAACCUGACCGGUCAGUGGGAAGAGAUGACCAGUUAGAGGUGAACACAGGCAAAAGAUGGUCACAGUCAAAAAGCAACUGUCAGGAAUCAUGGGCAGUAGCAAUGUUUCUCAGCCUGCCGAUCUGUGCUGUGCUGCCUGCUUCUCCCUCCUGGUCUGUCCAUCCAAGGUAAUUGGCAACAGCUCGGCUCCAACAUUCAGUAUUAUCAGAAACUCCACAUUCUCUCCAAUAACCUAUCACCUUCUUCCUUUCUGAGAAGUUAUCUACCUUUGCCUUAAAAAUAUUCUAAGAGUCUGAUUCCACUGCCUGUUGAGCAAGAGAGUUCCAAAAACCUACAGUCCUCCGAUUGAAAAAAAAAGGCUCCUCAUGUUUGUCUUAAAUGGGCCACCCCUUAUUUUUAAAUAGUGAUGCUGAUUUCCAGAUUUUCUCCUUUCCACAUGUAGCAUAUCAGGAACCCUCAGACCAUAUCUAUUUCAAUCAAGUCCCCUCUUACUUUUCCGAACUUCAGCAGAGGAAAGGUUGUCCUCCUUUAACAACUUGCCCAUUCCAGGUAUUACUCUGGAAGACCUUCUCUCAACUGCUUCUAACACAUUUACAGCUUUUUUAAAGUAAAGAGAUGAGUAUUAUCCACCAUACCUCAGUUAUGGUCUCAUCAAAGUCCUGCAGAAUUAAAGCGUAAUCUCCCUACUCUUGUAUUCAAUGAUGGCCAUUUACUGUGGGGAUUGUAGGCAUUCAUUUGUACACAACCACUCAGUGAUCAUAUUCCCAUGUUGCAUUCAAAGUUUUAAGCCAAAACAUCAUUUUUCUUUGGUCUUAUUACAAAUAAAUUAUGAAAUUCA